CGCCGCCCCUUAUACGCGCGCGUACUUUAUCGCGCGUUGUCUUGUUGUCGCCUGUCCGUCUGUCAACUUUGCGUGCGAGAUGUCACGAGGAGGUGGAGGUGGAGGAGGAGGACGAGGAGGAGGAGGAGGAGGAGGAGGACAGACGCGGCAGCCGCCACACUACCGUUGCGAUCGCCGCCGCCACCGCCACCGUUGCUGCUAUUGUCGCCGAUCAACUAUGUUUUGCGUAACGAGGCGUACAGCCUCGACCGUGCCGAUGAUAUUCGUGAGAGCCGCGUGGGUGCAUACGCGCUACCUAGGAGUCGCGUCGUCGGGAGGAUGCCUCGCGACCAAAGUCCUCCGCGCGAGAGGGGCCUCGUCGCUCACGGCAGACACGAGCGGAUGUUUUCAGUUCGUCGCUUGUGCGAAAUGCUAAGGUGAUGUAGAGGAAAUUGAAACUGCCAAAUCGAGACGACGCGCCGACUUCCUCUAUCACGAGUGAUUUCGAUAUACAAGAUACCAAAACGGGUGACGACGAGAAAAAGAUGGUAUCUCUGCCUAAUGCAGAGACUGGCACAAUGGACAGAAUCUCGGACGACGACGACGAUGAGCCUAGUAGCGGAUCAGAGACUUACGAGGAAGGAGAUCUCCUGUCAGCUGCUAUGGGUGAUGACGUCACAGCCCAGCUCGCUGCAGCAGGUUGGCAAAAAAACAUUGAUGGGCCAGUUGGUGUCGCCGCGGCUGCUGCCAUUGUAUCAGCCAAGAAACGGAAACGACCUCACAGUUUCGAAACUAAUCCCAGUAUCAGAAAAAGACAACAGAAUAGGCUUUUAAGAAAACUUAGACAAACUAUUGAUGAAUUUGCAACGCGGGUUGGACAACAGGCAGUAGUACUAGUGGCUACACCAGGCAAACCAAAUAGUAGUUACAAAGUAUUUGGAGCAAAACCAUUAGAAGAUGUAGUGAAAAAUCUAAGAACCACUAUUAUGGAGGAACUUGAAAACGCACUUGCGCAACAAGCGCCGCCACCUUUGCAAGAGGAUCCAACAUUGUAUGAAUUACCGCCACUGAUAAUCGACGGCAUACCAACUCCAGUAGAAAAAAUGACACAAGCACAACUCAGAGCUUUUAUCCCAUUGAUGUUAAAGUAUUCUACUGGUAGAGGCAAACCCGGUUGGGGAAGAGACAGUACACGACCACCAUGGUGGCCCAAGGAAUUACCUUGGGCUAACGUUCGAAUGGAUGCACGAUCGGAGGACGAAAAACAAAAGAUCUCGUGGACUCACGCACUACGGCAAAUUGUAAUAAAUUGUUAUAAAUUCCACGGAAGGGAAGAUCUUCUACCAGCGUUUAGUGAAGAAGAUGAUAAGUCUAAUGUCUUGAUACAACAAGCGACACCUCACUCUUCGUCACAUCCAUCGCAUUCGUCGAAUCAAGGGCAAAGUGGAGGAGCACAGUCGCAACAGCAACAAACGGUGGGAGUUGUUCGCCUCAACAGCACGGAUUCAUCUAAGGGAAACUCUUCGCCAGCACAAAUCAUUGCCGCGUCUCCCACAGCUCUUGCCACUGCCACUCAGAUGACAGCCCAAUAUCCAACAACUGUAUUGCAGACAAUAACAAAUCCUGAUGGUUCAGUUUCAAUUAUACAAGUGGAUCCUAAUACACCGAUCAUUACUUUACCAGAUGGUACAACAGCCCAAGUUCAAGGAGUUGCUACUAUCCAUACAAGUCAAGGAGAAGUGCAAGCAUUAGCAGAAGUAGCUGGUAGUACGGAUGGUACUAGUGUGGCCGUUGAUCUGAAUACCGUUACAGAAGCAACAUUAGGUCAAGAUGGUCAAAUCAUCCUCACUGGAGAAGAUGGACACGGAUAUCCUGUCUCAGUCUCGGGAGUGAUCACUGUGCCAGUGUCCGCCAGUAUGUAUCAGACUAUGGUAGCCAAUAUUCAGAGCGACGGAACGAUGCAAGUCGUGACACCGAUGGUACAAGUACCCAAGGUAGAGCCAGGAAAUGGCGACACCACCAUUGAGGCCGUCACUAUACAGGGUCAUCCUAUGACCAUGAUAAAUGCCGCCGGAGAGCAUCAAGUCCUUCAAGUAAUAUCGUUGAAAGACGCCAAUGUUCUAACGAAGGCUAUGCAAGCUGAGGUUGUUAAGGACGAGGAUAGUCAACAACAACAAACUGUAUCUAGCCCGGAAUAAACGCGUGUUUUAAGUGUAAUCUAGUUAAUCCAAAAUCGCUCCAUAUCACCUACGGACGUAUGCGUGCAUACGGCGGUGAUAUACGGGCAAGAAAGAUAAAAGUGUGAGAGAAUUAGUAAUGGAUUGGUGUUGUGUUCUUUUUUUCUCUUUGAGUCACUGUACUUGUGUAGUGUGUCUUGCUCUGACUGCGUACAGCGAUUAUAUCCGAAAGUGAGAAUGGAGAGAGUGCGUAAUAUUGAUUAAGAUUAGUCUAGAGUAUUUGUACUCAAGAUUCAUUGUAAAUGCUUGAGGGUCACUUGCAAUUCAAUUUCUCAGAUAUAGUAUUAAUUUUUAAAGAAAUCUAUCGCAUCGCGCUGGGCGAAUGUGUCUCCAUUUUCGCGAAUAAUUUGCGACAUUAUAUUGUUUUUUCCAUCGAAACAUGAAAACAUAAUCGUGCUUUCCAGUAUUGCGUAAGCACGUAUUUCUAGUCUUAAAACCAGGUUGAUACGUGAAAUACACACCAAAGACAUACUUUUAAUUAAUUCAAUAAUUAUAUUGUGGUAAGCGUUCAUCGUUUCCAUAAUAAUGCAGUAAAUUUGUCCAUUUUUUUCUUCAAUUUUCACUUUAGCACAAAUUGACUUCAAAAUUUGACAAAGACAGAAGCUUCUCUAAUUUACGAACGUUUGUUGUAGAAAAUGAGGAAAAGCACGCAAUUCGAUUAUAAAAAAAUCGAUCGUUUAUGAAUAUCGAGUCUAGUUUACAAAUAAACAGAAAAAUUGCGCUUGGACACAGAUUAAAUGAAUCGCGGAUCGAUCCGUUUGAACAGUUGGAGAUAUCUUUGAAGUUUGAAUUUAAGAUGUGUUUCGAAGUAUGACAUAUGUUUGAAUUGUGCGAUCAUAAAAAAUUCCGAUUAUUUUGUUUUUCUAUCGCAGAGUUAUGUAA